GAAGGAUUAGGGCUUUCUAAAAUUUCUAUCUGGUUUCAUUGCUCUACUUGAUUCUCUCUCCUUCGAAUUUUUCGAGGCUUGGGAGUUUGAUUUCGCGGGUUUUCUAGAUUUUCUCCUUCAGGUCUUUGAUUCAGGUCUCUCACAAACUCAGCCACUCGUAAUUGCUUUUAGCAUACAGUUUUCGGUCUAAUUAUAUGAUUUCUAGUUUGUUUGUUUGUGAGUUUUGAUCUGUAAAUUCAGUAGGAAGAAGCAAUGGAUGAGGGGAAACAUAAGUCUAGGAGGGAGGAUUCGGAGAGGAGCGAGGAGGAUUUGAAGCGGAGCCACCGGGACCGGGAUAGAGAAAGAGAUAAGGAGAGGAACGGGGAUAAGCACAAGGAGAAGAGGAACCGUGAUAGUCGGCGAUCCGAGAGAGAGAGGAGUAGUGAUUCUGAUGGAAUGCAUGAUAGGGAGAGGGAGAGGGAGAGGGAGAAGCAUAGAACGCGGAGUCGGGAUGAUGAGAAGGAAAGAGCGAGAGAGAAGAAGAGGGAAAGAGAGAGGGAAGAUAGAGAGAGGGAGAGGGAGAAAGAGAGAGAGAAAGAGAAGAGGGAGAGGGCGAGGGAGAAAGAAAGGGAGAGGGAAAGGGAACGAGAGAAGAGAGAACGUGAUAGAGAGGAGAGGGAGAGGGAGAGGGAAAGAGAGAAGGAAAGGGAAAGGAGGGAGCGUGAAAGAGAGAGAGAGAAGGAGAGGAGAAUGCGUGACAGGGAGAAGCGGCGAGCGGCUGAUAGUGAUCACAGCAAUGACGAGGAUGAGCACAGGGAGCGUGAUAGGAAGCGGCAUAGGAGAGAUGACGGUGAUCACAGGGAGAGAGAUCGUGAACGGAGUAGCAGCAGGCCUCGCAAACACAGGGACGACAGUGAAGAGAUCCCAAGGAGAAAGAACGGUGAUGAUGACUCGGAGAAGAUAGAGAAGAAAGCGACACGUGAAGAGGAGUUAGAGGACGAGCAGAAGAGAUUGGAUGAGGAAAUGGAGAAGCGAAGGAGGAGAGUGCAGGAGUGGCAAGAGUUGAGGAGAGUGAAGGAAGAAGCUGAGAGAGAAAAACGUGGGGAAGCGGAUGCUCAUGAACCUAUGUCUGGCAAGACCUGGACUCUUGAAGGGGAAUCUGACGAUGAAGAAGCACCGGGAAAAUUGGAGACGGACAUGGAUGUUGGUGAAGAUGCCAAGCCUACAACCGAACAAGCUGGUGAUUCAGUGUUGGUUGAUUCUCACAAUGGAAACGUGACAUCCACUUCACAGGAGGUGGUUGAUGUUUCUGCCGAGGAUGAUGAAAUCGACCCAUUGGAUGCCUUCAUGAAUUCUAUGGUGUUGCCUGAGGUUGAGAAGCUAAAAGAUAGUUUGGCUCCUUCAAAUGCUAAUGAUAAGAUUGUUGACUUGAAUAACAAAGAUAAGGAGCAUGAAGGAAGUAACGGUCAACAGCCACUGAAGGCUUCAAAUAAAUCUAUGGGUCGAAUAAUGCAGGGCGAAGAUUCCGAGUCAGAUUAUGGUGACCCUGAUAAUGAUGAGGAUACUUUGGAAGAUGAAGACGAUGAUGAGUUCAUGAAAAGGGUGAAGAAGACAAAAGCGGAGAAGCUUUCAAUAGUUGACCACUCGAAGAUUGAUUAUCAACCAUUCCGGAAAAAUUUCUACAUUGAAGUGAAAGAGAUAUCAAAGAUGACUUCUGAAGACGUUGCUGCUUACCGGAAACAAUUGGAAUUGAAGAUACACGGUAAGGAUGUGCCAAAGCCGGUCAAAACAUGGCACCAAACUGGACUUACAGGUAAAAUCUUGGAGACAAUAAAGAAGCUUAACUAUGAAAAGCCAAUGCCAAUUCAAGCUCAGGCUCUGCCUAUAAUUAUGAGUGGUCGAGACUGCGUUGGCAUUGCCAAAACUGGCUCGGGCAAAACCCUUGCGUUUGUGCUGCCAAUGUUGAGGCAUAUCAAGGACCAGCCGCCUGUGGUAGCUGGAGAUGGACCUAUUGGGCUAAUAAUGGCCCCUACAAGGGAGCUUGUACAGCAGAUCCACAGUGAUAUAAGGAAGUUUACAAAAGUGCUUGGCAUCGGGUGUGUGCCUGUAUAUGGAGGUUCUGGUGUUGCCCAACAAAUUAGUGAUUUAAAACGGGGCACUGAUAUCGUUGUAUGUACUCCAGGUAGGAUGAUUGACAUACUUUGCACCAGUGGGGGGAAAAUCACAAAUCUGCGUAGAGUCACUUAUUUGGUCAUGGAUGAAGCUGAUCGAAUGUUUGACAUGGGUUUUGAACCCCAAAUUACUCGAAUUGUGCAAAAUAUUCGGCCGGAUCGCCAAACAGUACUCUUCUCUGCCACAUUCCCCCGCCAAGUUGAAGUAUUGGCGCGGAAAGUGUUAAACAAGCCUGUAGAGAUACAAGUUGGUGGUAGAAGUGUUGUGAACAAGGACAUAUCGCAGUUGGUUGAGGUGAGGCCGGAAAAUGAGAGGUUCUUUAGAUUGUUGGAAAUACUCGGUGAAUGGUAUGAGAAAGGAAAAAUUUUGAUUUUUGUCCACUCACAGGAGAAGUGUGAUGCUUUGUUCAAGGAUCUCCUCAGGCAUGGUUAUCCUUGCCUCUCACUGCAUGGGGCUAAGGAUCAGACAGAUAGAGAAUCCACCAUUUCUGACUUUAAAAGCAACGUUUGCAAUUUGUUGAUUGCAACAAGUAUUGCUGCCAGGGGGUUAGACGUGAAGGAGCUUGAAUUGGUGAUCAACUUUGACGUUCCAAACCACUAUGAAGACUAUGUCCACCGUGUUGGUCGUACAGGUCGAGCUGGUCGGAAAGGCUGUGCUAUCACAUUUAUCUCCGAGGACGAUGCAAGAUAUGCACCAGAUCUUGUAAAGGCAUUGGAACUCUCUGAGCAAGCUGUUCCUGAUGACCUGAAAGCUCUUUCUUAUAGUUUUAUGGCAAAAGUAAAUCAGGGACUUGAGCAAGCCCAUGGGACUGGUUAUGGUGGAAGUGGUUUUAAAUUUAAUGAAGAGGAAGAUGAAGUGAGGAGAGCAGCAAAGAAAGCACAAGCCAAAGAAUAUGGUUUUGAGGAGGACAAGACAGACUCAGAAGACGAAGAUGAAGGUAUAAGGAAGGCAGGUGGUGACAUAUCGCAGCAGGCUGCCUUAGCUCAGAUAAUCGCUGCUGCCUCCAAAGUCAGUACACCUUCUAUGCCAACGCCUGUCUCUGCUGCCCAACUGCUUCCCAAUGGUGGACUGCCUGUUACACUGCCAGGCGUAAUGGGUCUAACAAUUCCUGGAACAACAGCAGUUGUGACUGGGACUGGCCUGCCUGUUGUUGCCAAUGAUGCUGCGGGGGCAGCUCGAGCAGCAGCCAUUGCUGCUGCUCUCAACUUGCAGCAAAAUUUGGCAAAAAUUCAAGCUGAUGCUAUGCCGGAACACUAUGAGGCAGAAUUGGAGAUAAACGAUUUUCCUCAGAAUGCCCGAUGGAAGGUUACCCACAAGGAAACUUUGGGCCCUAUUUCAGAGUGGACUGGAGCCGCUAUUACUAAGGGGCAGUAUUUCCCGUCAGGUAAGGUAGCAGGACCAGGAGAACGUAAGCUUUACUUGUUCAUUGAGGGCCCUACUGAACAGUCUGUGAAGAGAGCUAAAUCAGAAUUAAAACGCGUUUUGGAAGACAUCACUAACCAGGCAUUACAACUACCUGGUGGAGCUCAACCUGGCAGAUACCAAGUUCUGUAAGGGUCUACAGUUGGGAAACAUUCCUGGAGCCAAUUGUUGCUAUAUUUGCAACUUUGUUAUGGUUAUAUAUCAACAGGAGUACUAAACCUAGUCACGAUGCGUACUAGUAAGAAGAUAUCCACUUGUUGGUUUGGGUUCCAUAAAAGUGAUCUUUAGAUUGAAUUGGCUUGGCUGACCUUAGAAUGGAAGCCUAUACCGUAUGCGUACUUUAUAAAAAGUUGUCUAAUCUCUUUACAAUAAUAAUCACCUCAUUGCCAAGAAUACGUUACCAUUAUUUUUGUGAACUUCAGGGAUGUAAUGAGUGACCCCUAUUGUUGAAGAUGCUUUUGGUUUGGUUCUCUUUUCGCAAA